UCUGCACAACGUCAUUGUCCGCCCACCUUAUAAAUAUUAAUGCGCCAAACGUCCCUGCGUGCCCGUACGCGAUGACGCAUCGCGACAACUGCGGGUCCCGAUUGCUGCAGCCGCUUGUCAGUGUGACGAAGAUUGGCACUCAGGUUGCCCGCCUGUUAGCACAAUCUAUAAUGCCUCAGUGCUUUCAGCAUCUGCAGUAAAGGUGAUGGCAGCCCAUUCGGUUUCCAUUGACAAAUACUCCAAGGGGGAGCAGCAGAUGCAAGGUGUCGCCAAGGUAGAGAGUGAUUCAGAGGAGAAGUUUGAGGGGAUGUUAGCAGAGGCACCCAGCCCGACUCUCACAGAGCCACAGACGCCCAUGGAUGUGGACAAAGCCUCCAUAUAUAGACAUCCCCUUUUCCCUCUGUUGGCUCUGCUGUUUGAGAAGUGCGAGCUGUCGACGCUUAGUUCUGACUGCAUCACCUCGGCGAGCUUCGAUGUCGACAUUGAGAACUUUGUCCGCUGUCAAGAGAAGGAAGGGAAGCCCUUUUUCAGUGAAGACCCAGAACUUGAUAACUUGAUGGUAAAAGCCAUCCAGGUAUUGCGAAUCCACCUGCUGGAGCUAGAGAAGGUGAGUGACCUCUGUAAGGACUUCUGCAGCAGAUACAUUGCCUGCCUCAAAACUAAAAUGAACAGUGAGACCCUGUUGAGUGGAGAGCCUGGCAGCCCAUACUCACCCGUUCAAGCCCAGGCCCCAAGUUUCUCACCAACCAAAUCACAGGCCCCGAGCUCCAUCUCGGGGAGUCCUCAUGGUCAAAUUGUGGUGCCAGCUUCAGCCCUGCAGCAAGGAAAUGUCACCGUCACAGCAGUCAAUCCCACCCAGGUGGUCGCAGGUAUGUCUUCAUGGCAUACUACCCCACCUACAGGCGGCACGGUGUAUCAGCCUGUUACAGUCGUAACUCCUCAGGGCCAAGUCGUAACACAAGCCAUUUCUCCAGGGUCAUUACGUGUGCAAAACAAUCAGCUUCAGCUGCGGUUUCACCAGGACUUGAAUCUCUUCAAUCACGAGGACAGCUCAACAAAAAACAAGCGUGGGGUUUUACCCAAACAGGCUACGAAUGUCAUGCGCUCGUGGCUUUUUCAGCACAUUGGGCAUCCGUAUCCGACAGAGGAUGAAAAGAAACAGAUAGCCAGUCAAACAAAUCUGACACUCCUACAGGUCAAUAAUUGGUUUAUAAACGCUCGAAGGCGGAUUCUGCAGCCCAUGUUGGAUGCUAGUUCCUCUGAAACACCUAAAACAAAAAAGAAGACUCCACAGAACCGACCACUUCAGCGUUUCUGGCCUGACUCCAUUGCCUCAGGGGGAGGCACUCCGCAGCAAGUUACAAUGCCAGAUGGUACAUUGGUGACAAUGAAUGUCGAGGGUCUGCAGAGCCUGACAUCAGACGGCGCCACGCUGGCAGUACAGCAAGUGAUGCUCGGAGGCCAUAGCGAAGACGAGUCCGGCGAUAGCGGCGAUGAUGACGAUGAUGCAGAUAUGGCUGGACUGGGCCUCGACAACAGCGAUUCGUUGCAGUAAAGGACACUCCCCUCUCACAAAUACAUACUGUACACAGUACGUGUCCAAGACAUGUAGUAUAAGUCUACACAUGGGUUUCCUGGCUGUCGUUGUCAUGUACAAACAGACACGUUAGGUUUAUAGAGAGCACAACACAGGACACAUGAGAUUUGCCGCGUCCUAAAAUCCAACUUUGCUGAAUGCCAAUUUAUGCUGCGCGUGUGUAAAUCAGAGUUUAAUUUCAGUUUUUUUUAUUUAGUUGAUGUAGGAGAGUGCACUUUUUUUGUAUAUUUAAGCUAAAAAAAUUCACCAGAAGAAAAAGUGUUAAAACACCCGAAGCAAGUUUGUAUGCUACAUGAAUAAAUAUUGACAUAA